AUGAUCGACGGCGUUCAAGAUUUACAAUACCUAAAUACCUAUCUGUUUAAUGUCGUGCGAAGCAGGUGUAUUUGCAGGUGGGGAAGGGAAAGGGAAAACCUGGUGGGGAAUCAAUUUUGAAGUGUCGGUGGGGAGCAGUGGGACUCGGCACCGACUCGAAAGUCUUUAGGAGUCGUGUAACUUGCCUCACUACAGUUUUCGCUAUGGCGUGUAUAGGGUCGAGUAGGCUCUGUGCUCGUGCAGAGAAAUUGUGCCAGUUCGGACAUUUCGCCCAAUUACGGAGGAAAGUUUCGACGACAUGUGUCAAGUCCCGACCCAGAAUCGAGCAGCAGACCAGCGCUUUAAUUCAAUGCUGUCAGAGUAGAACGAGCACGCGAGACUACAGGACAAGGAUGAUGAGUUCCAUGCAAACACAGCUACCUGGAUCCAUGCACGAUUACCAAGUCGAUCCUUACCGGCUUCUGGACGACGACCUUAAAGACGUCUACGACAAUAUACGAGAGGUACUCGUCAGGAACACGACGCAGAAGGAGCUGCAAACCAUAGCGACAUACUACUUCGACGGCAAGGGAAAGGCGUUGCGGCCGAUGGUGGCAACUCUCAUGGCACGAGCUAUCAAUUACCACAAGGAAAGAAACGAUCUCUUGGAAUCGCAACGGCAGGUGGCGAUGAUCUCCGAGAUGAUCCACAACGCGUCGUUGAUACACGACGACGUAAUCGACCAGCCAGACUUCCGCCGUGGCAAGCCUUCGGUGAACGUUGUCUGGAGCCAAAAGAAGGUGACGAUGGCGGGCGACUACAUUCUGGCGAUAGUGUCGAUUAUGAUAUCCAAGCUGCGAAACGACGACGUCACCCUCACUCUCAGUCAGGUCGUGACGGACCUGGUGCAGGGCGAAUUUAUGCAACUCGGGUCCAAGGAAACGGAGAACGAGCGAUUCGCGCAUUACCUCACGAAAACGUACCGGAAAACGGCCAGUCUGAUCGCCAACUCGUUGAAAGCUGUGGCCAUGUUAGGAGGCGCCGACGAUCACCUGGCAGAGUUAGCUUUCCAGUACGGUAGAAACGUCGGUCUGGCGUUUCAAUUAGUUGACGAUCUGUUGGAUUUCGUGUCGUCUUUAGAGGCGAUGGGCAAACCGACCGCGGCCGAUCUUAAACUCGGCCUUGCGACUGCUCCAGUUCUUUUUGCAUGCGAACGGUAUCCGGAGCUGAAUGCGAUGAUCAUGCGCCGGUUUCAAGAGUCCGGGGACGUCGAGAAAGCUUUCGAUCUCGUGCACAAAUCGCAGGGUCUCGAUCAGACGAGAUUCCUAGCCCGGAAGCAUUGCGUGGAGGCGGUGAAGCUCGCGCAGUCGUUAGCCGAAAGCCCGUACCAAAAAGGUCUGCAGGUGGUCUGCGACUUAGUUCUCAAUCGUAUGAAAUAGCGACAUGGGAGAUCACGAUCGUCGUGCGACGGAGAGACGAGCAACGUAGUCGUGAACAGUUAACGUCGACACUGCUGGCCAGCAUAUUGGCUGGAUUGUCAUCGAACGAAAGAUAUACAGUGUACCUUUGAUACGACAAGUUGAUAGCUAGGGAAAAUUGUAAAGAGACCAAGACGAAGAAGAAGAAGAAGAGGAAAAAGAAGAAGAGGAAAGAUCGCGGGUUAAAUUUCUAGAAUAACCUGGCGUGAGCGCGACACGAUCGCAAACGAAAUGUGUUCGUUUGGUCGACAAGAGGUAGUCGUUGAUCCGUGACUCGCAGGUGUUGCGACCGUUUAUUGUUAGACAAUAUUAACUAGAGGAUUGUUCGAGAUACGUUUUUGCGACAGAAAGACACCGAGAAAUUAUUUUUAUAAAACAUCAUGCAGUUAUCGCAGAAUUUAGAAUUGCAGAGUUUAAUUGGAUGAGGCGCGCGCGCGCGCGCUAUGCAAAUUUAACCAUUGCGAACAUCGUCGUCAACAUCGUCGCGCGUUCAAAUUUUUCAGUGGAACAGCAGGGACGAUCGGUCACCGAGUGGUUGGGCUAUUAUCUUGCAAAGAGAGCCGCACCGUAUUCAAGCAAAACACGGAGAAACGAGCGGCGAUGCUCGUUGCGCUCGACAGCACACGUAUUACCUGAUUCUUAUGGACAUUGUCGAUCGUAACUGUAAAUAAAAUAAUGCGUAGGAUUAGUCGAAGACUACGUUAGAAUUGGUAGCUCUUACCCAUUGUUGCGACCUAAAGACUCUCGGUGGCUAACGAAUUUUCAAAGAAUUCCACGCUUUAUCUUUCGUUUGUGGAAACGAUCGUCUCGUUUCGAAACGAUCGUGUAACAAAAUCGGCGAUGCUCGGAACACUCGACGAACAACAAUCGCAAGAGUACCAAUACUAGACGACAGCAUGAUUGAACGUUUUGAUGAAAAACGUGCGAAGAAUAUCUACCAAAGAAGACAUUCACGGUCUUGGUUCUUCCACUCGUAUGUCACGAAAAUGAAUUCUGGCUUGUCGGUUAUCAUCGAAAUUAUUUGCGAAUCGGCAUCGUGUACACGAUCGAAACGAUUAGUUGUUAAUAUUAUUAUAAAAUUAACCAUACUACUCUUACGCGAAAGUUUCUCGAUGAUAAUGGAAUCACCAUCUUCCGCAACGCGUUUGUUUCUCUUUUCUAUCUCGAUGGAUGCAAAAAGUGCUCAAAAUAUUAUUUACUACAUAACUGAACAUAUAGGAAUAAAUGUAUAAUAACUUAUAUUUAUAACGUGAAUUAAUGUAUAUAAUUGCUCUGUAAGGUAACAACAAUCACUGCUGUAAGAUUAUUAAUAAAAAAAAGAAGCAUUAAAAACGUGUAAGUACGGUCAUAUGUAGGCGUUAAGUUUAGGGUCAGAAUUUGGGACAAUAAAGAGAAAGUAAAUGAAGCUCUCGAUCUCCUGCAUAGACACGAUAUCCUUUUUAUUCGUAAUAUCAUCUGGCUUUUCGCAUAAUCGUACCGGAAAUUUCAAUUGUUUCGAGUAUUAGCCGGGAGACGCUUGAUAUAUAUAUAUAUAUUUAUUUAGGACUCGUUAACUAUAUAGAUAUGACACUGAAUACCAUUUGUCCAUAACGUCUCGGAAACGCAGUGUAUAAUAUGUAUAAUUCUACUGGUAUUACGAAAAAAUAGCAACGGAAUGUGAAUAUACAACUGUAAAUAAGCGAUUUUUUGUAAGCACCGUUUAAGUGCGUAAAUCUUAGUGUUGAUAUCUUUUGCAUAGAUCGAUUAGCUUCAUUAUUACUAAAUUGUAAACCAUAAGGUUCAAUAUCUUAUUUGUUGUGUUGGGAUCACUAAAUCCAUGUUAUGAAAAUUAUAUUAUAUACUGUCUUUUUAAUAUAAACGUUAUAUUGAAGUUUCAAA